CUCGAUAUAUGUCAUCUGACUACCGCGGUUGACUUUCUUUCUUCCGGAGUCCGGACAAACCUCGGGAUUUAUUUUCGUGUGUCAUUUGUUUUUAAAAGUGCCCAGUUUCGAAAUAGAUAGUUGUACAAGACUUUUGAUCCUCAGACAAGAUGCACGACCCCAUGUCUGAUGAUGACGAUUUCAUCCCCACCCAGCGAACAACUAAAAGAAAACGUGUGCCGGAGGAGGAACAAGUGCCUAAAGCAGGUGAUGUUGUCGCCACUACCAAAAAAGCUACAAAAGGAGUGAAAGCAGUAGCAACCACCACUGCAAAAUUACUGGAUGUUGAGACGAGUAAACACCCCCUUGCUCGCGGACCCGAAUCUAUUGGAUUUUUAAACCCUCCCCUCAAAAUUUACAAGACGAAGCGAAAGUCCGUCACAGAGAGAAGUUUGGCACGUGAGGAUGAGGACUUUGUUCCAGUCCAGUGGCGCUAUAUUCCUCGACAGGAAGAAAUGGAAGUCGACCAAGUGAAGCGAGAACGAGAUGAUCGGGGGGUGGUAGUUAGAGCGGGCGAUAUUGCCGAAGAAUUUCAAAUUAGGUAUUUGGAUUCGUCAGAGAGAGUCGGGAAACAGAACCCAGAUAAAGGGUCCGACCUCAUCCAAACGACUAUACUUAAUUUACUCGGUAUUGAUUCUGCUACUACUUCUCCUGUGGACUAUGCAGACCAAGCCACUCCAGAACCAAUGUUGUCGCAGGAGUUGGGGAAUUUGGACAAUGAUCAAAGAGAGGCUCUGUUCCAGGAGAUAUUUAAGAGAGGGGGACGCGUCCUAAUCAUUGGAAAGCCCGAGUGGAACCUCGUAAUUCACAAGGCCCCGCACACCGGAAUAAUUCAUUUGUGCGUUGAAAAGUUAAAAUUAAGUAAAGGAGUGCAAAUUUACGAAGCGAAACGGAUUUGUACUAAAUCAGGCUGCUACCAGUAUCAAAAAACUCUCGCUAGCGAUGUACUUCCAAAAUGUUUUCAUCAUCAGCCCAAACCAAUCUAUACUGUGUUCAAAGUCACCGAUUAUAAGGAGAGAGAAGUUCUUGUCUUGAUGCAUACUAAAUUGGCUCACUCAUUUAAGGAAAAUGCAUCCGAUUCGGUGAAAACGAAUGAAGCGUCACUUGUCAUGAAUAACAGGAUUUUGCAAGACAGAAACUGGAAAUUGUAUAUCGCCAAGGAGGAAGAAGAAGACGAUGAAUCGGAGGGACCUUUGCACAUUGCCCGUUCAAUUUCAAUGGUCCAUUUCGUGGAUGAGAACGAUGCCCUCAAAAAUCUAUCAUUAGAAUCAACUAUCGGCAUGUUUAUGAAACUUGCGCCCGGGACGCAACCCAUUCGCAACUUGGAUGAUUUCAUCCCCCUCUGCUAUGGAAUGGAGAGAGAAGUAGACGAAGGAUUGAAACAGUUGGGAAUGAAACUCAAGAUCAAACGAGAAUAUAAGUUAGCAGAGAGGGUCGAGUUUUCCUGUCCCUUUAUCGGAGAGUAUCUGUUCGGUUCGACAGCAACACAACAGCAACAACCAGAGGAGGGGAAGUCAUUCCUGUAUGUAGUGCUCAGCCAGGAUAUGUGGUACUUUGGUUGGUCAGAUACACCGGACUUUGAAAAUCGAUUGACCGGAGGAAGAAGUGACGGAGCGAGUCGAUACUUUCGAAUCACACGAUCUCGCCCCAAACCUCCCAGUGUCAAGUGCCACCUUGUUGGAAAGUGUGAUGAUAAGGACAAGGCGAAAAUCGAAGCAAUACUGAUUGCGGCUGGGUACGUGGCUUAUUUAUUGGGCCUUCAUAACCCAAUUCGAGAUAAGUCACCCAAAGGCUACUCUACUAACAAAUGUUUAUCAUUAUCUCUUCUCGAUUCUGAUUCAUGGGUUGAUAUUUGUGCUUUUGUCAAGUUAUUCUGGGGAUGUGAACCCAUGUUGGGACAAUAUGAACGUGCAGAAUGAUGUUGAAAAUACAAAAUAAUAAAUUAAAUACAUACCGUUUGUACAAGA